CACACACUGACACACAUACACACACGCAGACGCUUGUCAACCAUAGCUCCUCCUACCUCCUCCCCUGCCGUCUCCGCUGAAGCUUCCUCGCCUCCACCGCCUCGCCAAAAUUCCCCCCUCUGCCUCUCUCCCUCUCACCAUUUAUAACAAACUACACCACCUCAACAGACGUUCGCUUCUUUUACGAGAAUCUCCCUCUGCCCGCCCUCCCCGUUCUUGUUAAUUUGUUUAAAUAUCCCUCCGUCUCCUACCACAGCGAGGCCGGCCUAGACGGUGUAGGAGAGGUGGUGGUGGUGGUGGUGGGAGGAGGGGGGGGGGUAGCCUAGGCCGCAGGCUUCUGCCGCGAAUCGCGACGCGAAAGCGGCAUGCGAUCUAGGUGAGGCGGGUGGGUGGGUACGAUGCCUGCGGGAAGUCGCCUCAAGCCCGGCAAGUUCGUACCGGUCGCCACCGCCACGACCCUGCUCGUGGGCGCCACGACGCUUUUCUUCGUCUUCGCGUGUCCGUGGCUGACUGAGCGUGUCUCCCCGGCCGUGCCCGUCUACAAUGGAGUCGUCUUCCUCUUCGUGGUCGCCAACUUCAUCAUGGCCACGUUCAUGGACCCCGGCGUCUUCCCCCGCGCGUCGGAGGACGAGGACAAGGACGAGGAUCAGCGAGCGCCGCUGUACAAGAGCGUGGAGAUCAACGGUGCCUCUGUGCGCAUGAAGUGGUGCAGCACGUGCCACUUCUACCGCCCACCACGCUGCUCACACUGCAGCGUCUGCGACAACUGCGUGGAGGACUUUGACCACCAUUGCCCGUGGGUCAACAACUGCAUUGGCCGCCGAAACUACCGCUACUUCUUCCUGUUCCUGCUCUCGCUCAGCGUCCACAUGCUGGGGGUGUUCUCCUGCGGGCUCGUCUUCGUGCUGCACCACGCCCCCCACGCGCUCACCACACCGCACACCGCCGUCACGCUGGCGGUGAUGGUGGUGGCCGGGUUGUUCUUCUUCCCCGUGGCCGGCCUCACCGGGUUCCACGUGGUGCUGGUAGCACGCGGACGCACAACCAACGAGCAGGUAACAGGGAAGUUCCGUGGGGGUCUCAACCCGUUCACUCGUGGCUGCUGCAGUAACGUUCAGCACGUCCUGUGCUCACCCCAAGCCCCACGCUACGUGGGCCGCCCGCGUGCCAAGAGGCCCCUCCCCUCGGCGGCGCUGUCCCCGCCCUUCGUGACGCCCAAUGAGGAGGAGGCUCAGCUGAAGGUGACGCUCACCGACAACGGCAUCCACGCUCACCGCAGCAGGUCCAAGGGAAGUCUGGAUGCUCUAGAGAGUCAGUCUGUGGACUCGGAGGCUCCACCACCACCCCAGCCGGACCCCGGACGCUACCCAGAGCUCUCCCGCAAACUGGGGCUGGCAUCUGACGAUGUGGGGGUGGGGAGUCCCCCGACCCCAACCAUGUACAAGUACCGCCCCGUCUACACGGGAGGCAGCCCCGGGCCAGAGCCACGUGCUCUCUACCACGCACGCUCCGACAAGGUCUCCCUCCGCCACGCCUUCCCCGAGCCCCUCCCCUCAGCCUCCUCAAGCGAUGACGCCCCCAACACCGCCACCAACACCACCACCACCACCGCCACCACCAACAACAACAACCCCACGGCCACCACCACCACCACCAACAACAACAACAACCCCACCACGGCCACCGCCGGCACGGCCCCAGCGGCGGCCCCGGCCCCGGCGCCGGCGGCGGCCGCUCCCCUGGCCGAGCCGGACCCGCCAGACCAACACCACGGCCACAACCACCACCAGCACCACCACGUGGCUCCUCCUCACCACGCCCCUCCUCCCCACCACCACCACCACCACUACCACCACCACCACCAGCAGCAGCAGCAGCAGCAGCACCACCACCAAGGCCACCACCACCAGCAGCCGGGGGUUUUGGCUCAGCAGGCGGUGGCGGUGGCUCAGCAGGCGGGGGCGGGGCAGCACUCCCCGUCGCUGCGACGAGGCUUCCUCUCCUACGACAGCCUCCUGACGUCGGACGGCGCGGCCGGGCCCGGCGGGGCGGCCGGGCCCGGCGGGGCGUCCGCCCAGGCGGCCCGCGGACUCCCCAUCGGCUACCACUCCCCGUACAUGUCGGCCCGCACCGGCAGUGCCGCCGGCGGCCCGGUCCCGGGCGCGGGCGGCGCCGCCGGCUGCCGAGCGGCGGCGGCGCCGGGGGCGGCGCCGGCGGGGGCCAACCGUGAGCCGUCGCCGGUGCGCUACGACAACCUCUCCACGCAGAUCAUGGCGUCCAUCCAGGAGCGCAAGCUCUUGGAGGAGGGUCACGGGCGGCAGCAGCUGCUGGCGCUGACGCUGCACCACCACCACCAGCAGCAGCAGCAGCAGCAGCGGGGGGGGGCCGGAGGCGGUGGAGGCGGAGCGGCGGCGGACCCCAGGACGCACGGCUACGGGGCGGCGGCGGCCGCGGCGGCGGCCGCGGCGGCCGCCUUGCGGGCGUCCCGAGCGCCGAGGGUGCCGCCCGAUCUGACGAACAACAACAACGCCGGCGGCGCCGGGAGUCCCGUCGGCAGCAAGGCGAUGGGCACGCCGAUCGGCGGCGGCGGCGGGGGGCUGCUGCUGCCGUCGCAGUCGCCCGGCGGGCAGCAGCUGCACUGCCACCACCACCACUACCACCUCGGGGAGCAGGUGACGGAGAUCAAGGAUGAGGCCAAACCCAAGAGCGUUGGCGGCUACGCGAGGGCCAACGGGCAGACCCCAGCGUCGGCCGCUUUGUCGGCCAACUCCGUCGGCGGCGGCGUCGGCGUCGGCGUCGGCGGCUCCCCGGCGGCCGCCGCGGCCGCAACGGCGACAUCCGCCGAGAGCCCGGCGGGGCCCGGGAGCCCCUCGCGGCGGGCGCCGAGCGUGAAGAAGGUGUCCGGGGUGGGGGGCACCACCUACGAGAUCUCCGUGUGAUGGACACGAGCCAACCGGCGAACCGGCCAAACCUGGUCCAAACCUGGUCCAAACCUGGUCCAAACCUGGUCCAACCUGGUCAACAACAACGGCCGGCCUAGCCGGCGAACCGGUGAACCGUACAACCGUACAAGCGAUCAACCGGUCUGCGGGUCGCCGUCAACACCGCCACCGCCGACGACCAAGCACCCACCCGCCCGCCCCCACACGGCGGUGGCGGCGGAGGCGGUGGUGGCUCCUCCUCCGGAUUCGAUGGAGGAGCCCGAGAAGGAGGAGGAGGAGGAGAGAUAUUGGGGGGGGGGAGUU